UCAUGAAAGCUGAAACAAUUUUAGGUGCUAAUAUAGGUGAGAUCAGAUAUAUUACUAAUUGUGGGACAAAAAUUAAACUACACCCAUAGGAAUACUUUGCACAUGUACAUUCUUGCCAAAUAUGCCGAGAAAGUUCUCCAUUUUUACGCUAAUUAAAGUAACUUAAGGAUAUUGAAGAGUAUCCUUAUUUUGAUUUACUUGGACUAAAGUCAAUGUCAGAGAUCAUAAUUGAUGAAAUAAAUUAAAACAACUUAAAUUAAGAAUUCUACAGUGAUGAGUAUGAAGAGUUUUUAUUACACUUUGCUCCUUUUAUUUGCUCUGACUGCAAUUCAAACUAAGUUCCCUAAAAUUAAGUAGAUAUCAAGCGCCAUCUUAAGACUUGCAAAGACUUUCGAGAAAAUUCACCUUUUUAACAAGAAUUAUAACAAAUAAAUCUCAGCCUUUAUUGGGAUAUACACAAAAAAGCAUUUAUACUAGAUAUUUUGUAUAUUAUUAAUUGGGUUACAAUAAUCAUCAUAAAAAAGCUUGUAUAUAUUGAAUUAAUAGUAAAUAGCUCAGAGAAUCUGACAGAAAGAAUCAUUAGAAUUAAUUAUGUAGAGGAUAUAAAUGUGGGAAAUGUGAAUAAUUUAAAGGUAAAAAAUUGUUUUUUUUCUAGAUAACCUUAUAAAACAUGAUGUUUGUAAUUCUUCAGCUUGUACGAAUUGCUACGAAACCCAUAUAAGAAAACAAGUGGAUGAAAACUGCCUUUAAAUUAAAUGUUUAAAUUGUUAAAAUAAACUUUCUACAUAAUUGAUUUAAGUAUCUUAUUUGUUAUUUUAAGAAAAUACUGGAGAAUAAAUCACAUAACAAAAUAUCAUUUAAUUGAA